AUGGCUGCAGCAAUGCCCGGGGACGAGAGCCCAUUGCCCGGCAACACUUCCAGGGCUGAUCGGAAUGGGAUAGGAUUGGUUCACUGUUUUAUUUGUGGAAGCGGCGUUUCGACCGGAAAAGAAUUGAGAUUACAAGUGAAAUAUCCGAAAGAGAACGGUCCGUUUUUCCCGUUUUUACAAAACCAGGAGCCAGCGCCGGGGGCAUGUGAAGUCAGCCUGGAUGGACACGCUAUAGUGUGCGCGGUGUGCCACUGUUUUCUGGGGGAGCAGUGGAACUCGUUCGAGCGGACUAGGACACCCAUAGAGAAGCGCAUGUACUGGCUAAAGAGGCCGUACCAGUGCGACUCUCGGCGGAUACCACAGGAGUGGAACAUCUCCUACGACCUGGAGCAGAGAAUCAGUGUCAGCAGCCAUAAUUACGACGGAAACGAGUCGGAUUUCUCCUCUUUCUCGGAAAACGAGAACAUGUCAGACCAAGAACUGGAUUUAGUGGACCGCGCCGGUGUGAGCAAGGAGAAGUGCAGAACAUCUGGCGGCAGCAACAGCAAAACUCCCAGAGACGGUAGCAGGAAGAACAACAACAGUGUUAUCAGUGUUAAAAACAGCCCCGACUCUCAACGGGCUAUCCGCUAUCCCGUGGGCAUUUACCGGGCACAGGACUCGCCGAAAUCAGAUAGCGCCAUGCCGCCCAGGCGCGGUGCUAAAAUUAUGAAUCAUGUCUCUCAAUCAUCAGUAUCUCUGGCCCAGUCCCAAGAGAUUGUGUCUCAGAGAUGCUAUGGCCAGCCCUCACCUCGACACACCUGUGCAGGACAACGGGAUCAUUAUGCGCAACAGGCAGUGGCUAGCGGAGGGGAAUGUCAGACACUCUGACCCGCACCCUCUCCAACGCGCUGCCGACAGCAGCUGUAGCGCAGCCAGGCAUCCCUCCCUCAUAUUCCACCAGAAGGGAGAGGAUCUAGCUGAAGCUGCCGACGAGCUGUCACCCGUUGGCGCCGCUGUCACCUCUAGGCGCGACGCAGCAGCCCCUAGAGAACGUGUUCUGGGCAGGUUUACCGCCUCUGACAACUCUGACAAUGACCACGAGAUCAACAUAACAAGUGACGACGACCGCGAGGUGUUUGAAGCAGCUGGCAGCAGCAGAGAGAGGGUAUUAGCCCUGCUGAGACCACCCAGGGACGCUGCAGGGAGGGUCAUUGCCAUGCCCCAGAGUGGUGCCAGUGGUGGUGCCCACAGGAGUACCAGUCCCGAAGAGUGUGUGUGUUACAUCUGCGGCAGUGGGCUGUGGCAGGGCGGGAGGUUCCGUGUGUGUGUGCAGAAGCAGGAGAGGGCAGCCAGCGAGCCCUUCUUCCCCUUCCUGUGGUUACACAGCCCUCCCCCUGGCGCUGUGCCCCUCACCCCGGGGGGCACCACCCUGGUCUGUGCCAGCUGCCACACCUCCCUCAUGCAGCAGUGGCAGGGCUUCCAGCUGGCCGACGUGCCCGUUCUCCAGCGCCUCUACGUGGUCCCCCUCAACCAGGGCUCCUCCACCCCUGCACUAGCCCCGGGCCACCCUCCCUGCCUCACUCCCCAGGAAAGGCACCCCUCAGAGCCCCCGGACCGCCUACCUAAGUCUCAGGCUUCCUGUGAGGCCUGUUUCCUCUGUGGCCAGGAGUGCGGGCGGGAUGUGAGGGUGGCAUAUGCACGGGCCGGCGUGGGCAAAGCCCGCGGUGCCAUGUAUUUCCCCUUCAUCAACCUGCUGCCGUGCCCACCUGGCGCCCAGGGAGUGAGGAACGGCCGGGUGCACUGCUGCCCUCCAUGCCACGCCAUCCUGGAGGAGAUCUGGGGGGCGUACCGCCUCAGCCUCAGUGAGGACCUCAUCACCUCUGUCACCUCCUUCCUGGGGAGGUACCAUGCAGCGCUGGCCACAGGGGGAGCCGGACUGGCUCAUUCCCAAAUGGGGGUGUCCUCUUCCUCCUCCUCCUCUUCCUCUGGCCAUGGUGGGUCUGUAUCAGUGUGUUACCUGUGUGGGGCAGAGCUAGGGGCCAGGGGGGAGUUCCAGCUCCAUGUCAACCCUCCCGGGCGGUGUGGAGAGAGAGAGCCCUUCUUUCCCUUCCUCACCAUCCACCCCCCCGCUCCCCGUGCCAAACCUGUCGACGCCACCGGCCUGGUGUCAGCCUGUGCCCUCUGCUAUCACGACCUGCAUGCCCAGUGGGCUCAACACGAGAGCCAGGGUUCUGCCACCUCCAGCUCUACAGCGCCAGCCCCAGCCUCCUCCACCCCCCAGCCAGCCAGCUCUCCCUGGGCCAGACAGUACAGCUGCGAGGCCUUUGUUUGCUUCUUCUGCAGACAAGAGCAGAGGCGUCAGGGGGGGCUGCGUGCGGUCACCGUGGCCAGGCUGCCCGUGUUCCUGUACGCCCCGCGCGGGCGCCGCACCCUCCUGGUGGAUGAUGGGGGGAAAUUGGUGAUUGGCUCAUGUGUGGAAUGUAAGGCCAUGGUGCUGGCGGGACAGAGCAUGCAGCAGGAGAGAGACAGGGACCGGGAGGGACGGGGAGACAGGAGGACAGAGACAGAGUCACCGCCACCUUCCCCUACAUCACGCCCCAGACACAAGGUAAGACACAAGGUUUCUCUCUUUUCACUUCACAGCUCCACAAGAGCAGUUUGUAUGCGAUCCGCGACACCAUGCUUCUUGGCUGAGGCACAGGGGUUUCCAGAAGUGUGCAGAUGUUUGAUGCUCAAAGUUGACUAUUGUGGGUGCAUUGUAUAUUUUAGUGGUGUAGUAUGCAUCGGUAGAUUGUGUGCUUGUUCAUGUCUGUUAGUUAGUGGUUUGUGUAACCUAACUGACGUUUGUGGAUUUUUUCUGUUAUAUAAGUGUGCAGGCUUUGUACACAUAUGUACGCCCAUGCCUGUGUCUGUGUGUGUAGGUAGUGUUUAUUAUGGACCAGUGCUCACUGCUGUUAUUGCUAUUCUCCCCCAUUAUGGGAAAGCUGCUCUGAAACAGUGAGAGUUGGAGUGUUCUCGAGUGUUAAGGUUGUGUGUAUGCGCACACCAGUGUGUGUGUGUGUUCCUUUAGCUCUCUGACUGGCAGGGAAGUGAGCAGUGUAGGCAGGGGCUCCGUACAGCACCGGAGCCCAUCAUCAGAAAAACAAACAUUUGGAUCAGAACUCUAACAGUAAACAACACAGAAAGACUGGGGGGAUUUCAAGGCCAAGACCUCAUUUUCUUCUUGUGUGUGUUUAUUUGUGUGUGUUUCUGCCCAAGUAUGUUUGUUUUUGUACUUUGUUUUGGCUGUAUACAGGAUUCCAUACGUCAGUGCUGUGUGUAUGUGCGUCCAUGCGAGGCUACUACAGAUUGUAUCCUUUAUCAGAUCAACUAGAGGGCUGAUAUCCACUAAUGAUACUAACAUUACUACUAACAUGAUACUAACACUAACAGUGUCAGGAACAGCUGUAGACUCUCUAUUAGACAGUGUUGUGUAAUGCUCAUAUCUGUUUAAUAAAUCUUGCUCUCUCCAUAUCCAUAGUAUCUGCUGCAGAGUGUAAAUAUGGAGCGGAGACUCAUCCUGUCAGUCUUACUGUAGUGUGUGUGUGUGUGUGUGUAAUCAUGCAGUGACUGAUUCAGUGCUGCUGUUAUUGUUCCUGUAAGUCCAGUCUAUGUGGUCCAGAUGGAGGUCUUCAAAGAACUAGACCUCCUCUACUCUCUCUCAUGAAUAAAUGAAAGGAAAAAGGAGAAUAGAACUUGUAGAUGAACUUGUUCCACAUCUGUAGCGAUAGACCCUGUUCCACGGAGGCCACAGCAGCAGUUACUGUUGCUACUACUUACACAACUGGUACCGAGAUGAAUGGCUCAAAGAAAAAGCAAUGUCCUCAACUGGUAUGCUCCCAUGGGGAUUUAAUCAGACGCACAAAAAAGACAACAUUUUUGAUCCCUGUUGGAUCUUUGUCAGGUCACGGUGAAACACACCUACUGAAAUAACCUCUGGAGCCGGGAUGGGCAACUCCAGUCCUCGGGGGCCGGAGUGGUGUCACACUUUUCUCCCAUCCCUAGCAAACACAGCUGAUAAACUAAUUGCAUUCUAAACUGAAGAUCAUGAGACAUAGCUGGGGCUUGGGCAAAAGUGUGACACCAAUCAGGCCCCCAAGGACUGGGGUUGCCCGUCAUCCCUGCUCUAGAGGCAUGUACAUCCAGUCAAUUGAAUACAUAUAAUACAUGAAUUGAAGUGUGUGAUUAAAGUGGGACUGCAGAUAGAGAGGAGGGAGAGAGGAGGAAGAGAGGAAGGAGAGAGGAGGGAGAGAGGAGGAAGAGAGGAGGGAGAGAGGAGGGAGAGAGGAGGAAGAGAGGAGGGAGAGAGGAGGGAGAGAGGAGGAAGAGGAGGGAGAAGAGAGGAGGGAAAGAGGAGGGAAGAGAGGAGGAAGAGAGGAGGGAGAGAGGAGGGAGAGAGGAGGAAGAGAGGAGGAAGAGAGGAGGAAGAGAGGAGGGAGAGAGGAGGAAGAGAGGAGGGAGAGAGGGAGAAGAGAGGAGGGAGAGAGGAGGAAGAGAGGAGGGAGAGAGGAGGGAGAGGAUACACUGUUGGGACUAG